AUGCGUCUUAAAUAUUUACGAACAAUCAUUGAACAGCAGGAUGGUGCUGCAAAAAUCUGUGCAAUUGACUGGUCCCCGAAUGGAAACAAAUUAGCAGUAGCAACUGCGGAUCGCACAAUUGUAUUAUUCGAUGGGAAAGGCGAUAAACGAGACAAGUUCUCGACGAAACCGAUUGAUCAGAAGUAUGGUAAAAAGAGUUACGUGGUAAAGAGUAUCGUGUUCUCACCAGAUUCGACACGUUUGGCGGUUGGACAAACCGAUAACAUCGUUUAUGUUUAUCGACUGGGAGAAACAUGGAAUGAAAAGAAGGUGAUAUGUAACAAAUUCGUGCAAUCGUCAUCAGUAACUUCAAUGAAAUGGCCAACAGACGAACGCUUGAUAAUUGGUUUAUCAGAUGGCAAAAUGCGACUGGCAUCGUGCAAAAACAAUAAAUGCUCAACUCUGUAUAAAACGGAUAAGUUUGUCACGUCAAUUGCACUGGAUGCAACAGGUCGUUCAUUCAUCUCAGGUCAUAAGGAUGGAUCAGUGAUAUUAUACUCGUUCGAAAACCGUUCCCAAACAAAGAUUAUCACGCAUCAGUGCGCUCCAUAUGCAUUGACAUUCACCUCGAACGGUAUCGUAUUGGCCGGAUGUGAUCAACGAAUCGUUUCAUAUACACAGUCCGGUCGUGUUCUGCAGCAAUUCGAUUACUCUAGCGAUGUCAAUGAAAAAGAAUUCACUGUUGCCAUUACAGAUCCAUCUGCACAAAAUGUUAUUGUGGGCAGCUUUGAUCGAGUACGUUUGUUCACGUGGAAUCAGAGACGAGGCGCGUUUGAUGAAGGAAAACCACUGGAGAUUCGUUAUUUAUAUACUAUAACUGCUCUCGCUUGGAGUCCUGAUGGAUCAACAGUGGUUGUUGGAACACUUUGUGGUAGUGUGAUCAGUGUAGACUGCUGUCUGAGGCGAUCACUUUUGAAGGGACGUUUCGAGACGAGCUAUGUGGCACCAUCACAUGCGAUUAUCAGAGAUAUUAACAGUGAUAAACGUAUAAGCAUUAAAUCUAUCAAUGGUUAUUCUAUUGAGCAAAUUAAGGUGAUGGGCCGUGAUCGGUUCGUAGUUGCGUACACACCGAACUCAAUUAUUAUUGCUGACAUGAAUACCGAUAAAAGCAGUGAAGUUACAAUACAAAGCGCUGGCAAUGAGCGUUUCUUUUUCGACAACGAAAACGUCUGUUUGAUUGUUAACGCUGGUGAGGUGAGUUUGGUUGAAUACGGUAUAAACGAGGUGAUUGGAUGGAUUCGAACCGAACUAAUAUCACCGCAUUUAAUGUCGGUACGAUUAAGUGAUCACAAGCAAAAGAGUGGCGAAGUUGUGAAACGGAUUGCAUUUCUUCUUGAUGUUAACACCAUUUCUGUCGUUAAUCUCAUCAGUAACACUCAACUAACGCAGAUCUCACAUCCUGUUGUAAUUGAUUGGCUUGAGUUGAGUGAAACAGCAUCGAAACUCCUAUAUCGUGAUCGUCGUUUGUGCUUAUCAUUAGUUGAUUUGGAGUGCGACCGUAAAACGACACUGUUGAGUUACUGUUCGUAUGUACAAUGGGUGCCAAAUAGUGAUGUGAUUGUUGCACAAUCUGGUGAUCAACUCUGCGUUUGGUAUCAGGCUGAAAAUCCUGAUCAGAUGGUUAGCGUGCCAAUAAAAGGUGACAUUGAGACGGUGCUUCGAGACGAAAACAGAACUGAGGUUAUCGUCGAGGAGACGAACGCAAAGGUUGCGUAUGAAUUGGAUCAAACACUGAUCGAAUUUGCGACAGCACUCGAUAAUUUCGAGUUUGGAAGGGCAGUUGAUUUUUUGGAACGGCGUGACGAUGCUGAUUCAGAUGUAUUGUGGCGACAACUCGCAGAGGUACGACUGGAUAACUUCCUAUCUGCUCACAGUUUACUUUGA